GGGUAUAUCUUUUACUGCUAAUUCUUGUCAAGCAUCUACCAUUUACAAAAUUCCUAAACACCGUAUACAGCAAAAGAUUGCUGCGAUCGAAAGGGAACGUCCUUUCAGGAAUGUUUUGACAGAUAAAUUUGAAAGACAACAUACUUAUUUAAGAAUUUCACUGACGGAAAAAUGUAAUUUAAGAU